AUGGACACCAAUCAAACCACCUCCGCAGUGCUAGAGAGUCCUGUACCUUCUGACACUCAUCCUUCUCUCCCUCAUCUCCCUUCAACCUCUCUUCUAUCUCCCAAGAAACCACGCCGACCACAUUUCAAUGGUCCCCUUAGUCCUCCCCGUCAUCUCCAUACUUUACUUUCUUGCACGUCGCCCACAAAGUCACAACCAGUACCACCUCCACCACCACCUGACACCACAAGCAAGUCACCACCACCUGAGAAGACUGCCUCUGCCAACACUGAGCUUCAGAAACUGUUGGUUGGUGAGCCAUUGAAGAGUGCUGAGCUGAGCAGGAUGGCUUGUAGGAAGGUGUUAAUGACCACGUCAAAUAUUAAACACAUCCGUCGCAUAACAGUCAUCACACGCAAGCAUGUAUUCCCUUGCCUCUUGUGUUGCAAGUCAGUGAGGAAUCUGUCUCACCUCCUCAUCGGCACGUUGCACUGUGUCAAGUGUGGCGCCACCAUUGAAACGUGUGCUGAAUUCCACACCUUCAGUACCAUGUCAGACCCGUGCUUUGGUGGGAGUCAGUCAGGUGAGCACAGUGGAAAGGCCAGAAGGCACAAGCUGACCUGGAAGAAUGACCCUGUGGAUUUUGUGGCAUAUUACUCCUGGCGCUUAGUGGAGAAGCACUUGAACACCUCACUCUCCUCAACCUCUGCCCUGCAAAAAAUGUCUGAAAUCAUGUCCUGCUACCGCCUGCUGACAUCCCUGGAGCCUUGGGCACCUGCACUGCAGCGCUGUGCCUUUUACAUCAGGGACAUGAAAGAAAAGUACCCCAACAUCUACGCCACCGACCCACUGGCACUGCAACCUCCACCCAAACACAGGUCAACCCCACAGCAGCCUGCCACGGCCGCACAGCAGCCUGCCACGGCCUCACAGCAACUUGCCACAGCUCUACAACAGUCUGUCACAGCCUCACAGCAGCCUGCCACGGCCACACAGCAGCCUGCCACGGCCACACAGCAGCCUGCCACAGUCUUGCAGCAACCUGCCAUAGUCUCACAGCAACCUGCCACAGCUUUACAACAGUCUGUCACAGCCCCACAGCAGCCUGCCAAGGCCGCACAGCAGCCUGCCACUGCCACACAGCAGCUUGCCACAGUCUCACAACAAUCUGCUACGGUCUCACAGCAAUCUGCUACGGCUUCACAGCAUCCUGCCACUGUCGCACAGCAGCCUGCCACGGCCGCACACCAGCUUGUUACAGCCGCACAGCAGCCUGCCACGGCCGCACUGCAUCCUGCCUUGGCCUCACAGCAGCCUGCCACGGCUUCACAGCAGCCUGCCACGGCCGCACAGCAUCCUGCCUUGGCCUCACAGCAGUCUGCCACGGCCUCAGAGCAGCCUGCCACGGCCGCAGAGCAGCGAGCCACAGCAGCACAGCAGCCUGCCACAGUUUUGCAGCAACCUACCAUGACCUCGCAACAGCCUGCUACGACCUCACAGCAGCCUGCCACAGCUCUGCUACAGUCAGUCACAGCUCUACAGCAGUCUGUCACAGCCCUACAACAGCCUGCCAUGACCUCACAGCAAUCUGCUAUAGCCCCUGAGGAGUCUGCCACUUUUCCUCAGCAGCCUACCACAGCACCACCGCAGACUGCCACGGCCCCCCAGCAACCUGGCACAGUCCUACAACAACCUGGUGCAUUCCAGUCACAACAUGGUACAUCCUCCCAGUGCUGCAGUACAACCUCAGUGAAGCCCGUCACGGCUGCUUCGGAGUGCACCACAGUCCCCUCUCAGGUGAACACAGCGCCAGCACAGUCUCACACAGCCCAAGCCCAAUCCAGCCCACCAGAACCCAAGACACACACAUCAGGAAGGAGUAGAAGCAGAAGAAAACGGAAGAGACAAUGUAAGGACAAGAUAACGAGCACUGUGAGAGGAGACAAAGUGAAGCAGCUGGGUAGAGGAAGAGGCGGAGGAAGAAAGAAGCUUAAGAGUAUUGAUAAGUGGUCCCCAUUAAGACAGAGGAAAGCUGAGAUCCUGCAGCAAAGGAUCGCUUGUUUGGGUACUCCUGCAACUCCUCCCCCUCCUGCGCUUCCUAAGGAGUACUAUGAACAAGAAGACCAGGCAAGGAAGAGAGAUACAGGAGAGGACGACAAAGGAAACGUGCGCCGGGUUGAGAUGUUGGACACAGUGUCAGACUCGGGGAAGGGUGAAGGAACGGUAGAAGAGGCGAUGGAGAUUAAGGAGGUGGUGGAGGAGGAUUCAGUUGUGAGUGAAGACGGGGAUGAGAUAUUCUGGAAGGAGGGACACAUGUGGUUUUCUAAGGCCCUGGAAACUCUGAGGAAAUACACAAUAGGGAGAUCAAAAGGUCUUUCUGCAUCAUCUCCCUCUACUCCUCCCUUAUGUACCAGUUCUCCCAUCACAUCCAAUACCAUCUCCUCCAUCCCUGCUGUGACCUCUUCCUGGAAUUCACGAGACAAAUACAACAGUGACAUGGAGCUUGAUGACUGGCAGGCCCCAACACCUCUGCCACCAGGACCUCCACCACGAUUCUCUCCAUGUCCUGUGCCUUGUGUCCAGUCACCCAGCACUUCCCCAGUUCAGGGUGCCACGUCUUCCAUUGUGGCCUUGAGUGAGCUGGUAAAUUUGGAGGAGAAGGAAAAGACAGAAAAUAUAGAAACGGUGAUGGAAGAGAGAGAAAUGACAGACCGAGAGAAAAAGGAGAAGGCACACAAAGAGAAAGAGAAAGAAGAAGAAGGGACAGACCAAGAGGAGAAGGCAUACCAAGAGCAAGAGGAAGAGGAGGAGGAGGAGGAGGAGGAGGAGGAGGAGGAAGGGGCGUUAAUGAUUGUAGAAGAUGAGACCAGGGAUGCACAAGAGGAGGUGGUGAUGCAGAGAUACAGAAAGAGGAAAAAGAAGAGGAGGAUGAUGCUACACUGGUGUGGAGGCGUAAUGAGGAAGAAGAGGAGAUGGUGAUGAAGGAGAGACAGGAAGAGGAAAAGAAGAAUGAACAUAUAAGUGCAGAAAACGAUGGUGAUGAUAGUAUAGAGGAGGUAUGGAGCAGUAAGGAGAAGAAGAAGGAGGAGGAGGAAGAGACAGCAUUAAUUGAGAAAGAUGAAAAGAGGGACACACGAGAGGAAACGGCGCUGAGAAAGAUGAAGAAGGAGAAGGAGGAUGAAGAUAAUGUUUUGGUAAUUGAUGAUUCUGAUGGCGAGGAUAGUAUAGAGGAAGUGUGGAGGAGUGAGAAGGAAGAGGAAAACAAUAUAGAGGACAAGUACAGAGCAGAGUUGGUGUUAUCCCAAAGCUACAGCGAUACACAGCUUGAUGAGGUGGUGGAGAUGGUGUCCUUGGUGCAAAACGAGGCUGUGAUCGUAGAGAGGAGUCAGCAACAUACCUGGAAGAGACACACAUACGCCACACCUGUUCCAACACACCUGAAACAGCAGUGAUGACUUGGAAAUAUUGGAUCCCGUGUGAAUUUUAAGAGGCCAGCCACACCUGUCACCACACAUGUGAAUCUAGGCUAGUGGUGAUGACUUGGUGCUAUGUAGUGUUGAACGAGGAGGGUGAUAAACUCUGGUGUACACUCCCAGUGGUGGUGACUCAAAUCUGACUGGUGUUGUGGUGUUGUUAGAGAACUUCCAUACCACUUGUGCUUAUGCUCUAAAAAGACGGACUUGUGUGUUGUGCGGUGUGUGGCGAUAGUGUGAUGUGUGUUAGAGAGAGAGAGAGAGAGAGAGAGAGAGAGUGGGAAUGGGAGUGUUACGCCCUUGAAGAACACUAAGAAAGAUUCGCGAUGUGUAACUUUAUACAUUUAUUUAUUGCAUAUUUAUGUAUUUAUUUAGUUUUUUUUUUACUCUCUCUCUCUCUCUCUCUCUCUCUCUCUCUCUCUCUCUCUCUCUCUCUCUCUCUCUCUCUCUCUCUCUCUCUCUCUCUCUGAAGGUUAAUAGAAUUCGCUCUGGUUAAAAUUAAUUUUGAAGCUGCGUGACUAGCAGGCAUACCACCACCACCACCAUACACUCCUGUCCGUCCCUUAAUUCAUAUGUUCGUUUAUUUUACACACACACACACACACACACACACACACACACACACACACACACACACACACACACAGAGUCUAUCCGUCAUUCAUUCACGGAUACAUUUCACUCAUUCGGUUUACAUGAAGCUUCGUGACAGGGAGCACAGGUGGUGGUGGUGGUGGUGGUGGACAGAUGAGGUGUGAUGAACUAACUGCACUAGGACAGAUGAAUCAAUGAGACGUGAGACCAAUUUACUUCAUUUACCACUCACGCAGGUGUACUCAGUCAUGUGCCAUUAAUGAUCUCAUGGUUCGCUGGUCCCCUCGUGGCUUUUCUCAAGUUCCUGUUCAGUUUAGUGUAAGGAUCCUUGGUUGCGUCAAGUUAUAUAUUGCUCUUUUUGUGUGUAUUCAUGUUCUGUGGUCCCCUCAUAGUUUCUCUCAUUAAGUUCCUUGGUUGCAGUCCUUCCUUUGUAGUAAGUCAGAUAUUUUAGGAAGGAGAUUUAAGAAAGACACUAUUUUUGUGGAUAUAGUUCAGUGUUGCUCUUCUGUGGUUCCUUCAAGGCUUCUCUCAUUAAGCUCCUUGGUUGUACUCCUUCCUUUGUGUCAAGUUAGGUAUUUUAGGAAGGAUAUGUAAGAAAGAUGCCCUUUUUUGUGUGUGUUUUUCUGUUCUGUGGUCCCCCUCAUGGCUUCUCAUUAUUAAAUUUCUUGGUUAUAUUCCUUCCUUUGUGUCAAGUCAGAUAUUUUGGGAAGGAGAUGUAAGAAAGACACUGUUUUUGUGUAUAUAGUUGAGUGCUCCUGUUCUGUGGUCCCUUCAAGGCUUCUCGUUAAAUUCCUUGCCGUUGUGUCAAGUCAGAUAUUUUAGGAAGAUGUAAGAAAGAUACUGUUUUUCUUUAUAUAGUUGAGUUGUCCUGUUCUGUGUACGAGUUUGAAUAAGUUUGACCAAGCGUACCUGCGGCAUUUAGCAUGAAGUGAUCUGGUCUUCACUUUCAUUUGUGCAUCCAAGUGAGGUGUUUUUGGUAUGGAAGAUACAAGACUUUCAGUUCAUUGUACUUAAUCCCUUCAGUACCAGGACGUGUUUUCAUAUUUAUUCUGCUACUUGUCGAUUUUACACAACUUCAGAAACUUAUGUGGAGGAUUAAAAUAGUGAAGACUGGCCACUAAUCUUCUGACCUCCAUAGAUCCUUCCCAAUGAAUAUAAAAUCAUGUAAUACAGAAAACACAUAGUAAAAAAUGCGUUCCAGUACUGAAGAGGUUAAAGUGAAUUGGUUUUAUCUUCUUGGUUUGCAGUUCUGUUCUCGUGCAGUGCCUUGGGUUGGUUUGUCUGGCCACGUUGCUCUAAACGCGACUCUCCACGAUCGUCAGUCCGGGUAAACAUUCACUGCCAAUGUUCUCUUACUCAGUAUUCUAUAAGCAGCGGCGUGUCACGAAAUAUUGUACAAAUGUAAGAUUAUAUUCUCUAAUUUUCUAAAGGUGUACAUUCGUAUUUCGAUUCAGUCAGUAAUUUUAAGUUCAUCUUGUUGUGCUUUUGUAAGUUUUUUUUUUAUCAUAAGUUUGUACUGAGGAUUUUGUAAAUGUUUCAGAGGAAUAAAUGUUUAAUUUGUAA